AUGUGUCGAAAGAUUGAACUUUGGUGUGUCUUCUACUGUUUUGCUGUAGUUUCAGCAAAUGAAAUUCGUGGUUUUCAUAUCAAUCACACAAUCAACUUUAUUAGGGAUCAGGUCCUGGCCGACUUUGAGCCCGAACUUCAGCGGGAGAAACCCAGCUACCCUCCAGCCCCUUAUGUCGCAAACGAUGAUGAUGUUAAGGAGGACAUGCCUGCGGAGACGAGGUUGAACAGGGUCUUAAAGAACAGUACCACGGCCCUGCCUCAUGAAGAUCCUAUACGAUCUGCAGCAAUCAUCGGCUCAAACGAAGCGACCACGUCUAAAUCUACAGAGACUUCAGCCCCCGACCGAAGAAUAUCGGAUACAGACAGUAUUUUCGCAUACCCUUCAUUGUCACCUCUGUCGUCAGUGAAGGAGAUGCCACCUCAUAUACGAUUCCCGUAUUCCCCGCAACGAGUGAUUGUCAUGGAGUACCAGAAGAAACACUACUGGUUCUCGUGUAUGGCUGAUGGACACCCAGAGAUUGAAUACCGUUGGCUGAAGGAUGAUAAACUCUUGGAUGACACUGACCCCUACAUAAAAGAUUUCAAGAAUGGGAGUCUACUCUUUACAGAGUUCAGCGACCGGGAGGAUGGCAUGUUUCAGUGUUUUGCCAAGAACAAAUAUGGCACCUCCCUGUCCGUGAAGGUUCCACUUAUCUUUGAGAAGCCUCCUCAAGCUUUGCCCUCUGGCGUUCCAGUUAACCAGAGCUAUGUGGCCAUUGAAGGUGAACCGCAGAGCUUCGCCUGUGCUGACACACUUCCGACUGUCCCUGAGUACACCAAGAGAUGGUAUCUGCUUACUGAGACCAGUCAGUUGCAGCUAACUGACAGAUUAGGCACAGAUACUCAAGGGGUGCUGAGAUUCUCAUACGUGGAACCAGCAGAUGCCACCUCUUACAUCUGCGCCCUGGCCCCAGAGGUAGCAGCCGCCAGGGAUUCCAUUAGACUCUACAACUCUGCCAGGCUGACUGUUCAAAAGAGGGAUAAAAUUUUCAGAGGUCCAAAAUUGGCUUAUUCGAACAGAAACGUCAAGGCAGUUCUGGGGAGCCGGGCUAUACUGGAGUGUUUCUUUUCUGGAUACCCCACCCCAAAGAUCACCUGGAAACAAGGUAACCAGGCCAUCACAGAUAGCAGAUUCAAAGUCGAAUUCGGCAGAAGACUGUUUAUAACAGAUGUACGUGAGUCAGACGCUGGAACAUUUACUUGUGAUGCAACCAACGGAUACGGGACUGUUAAAGAAAAUGUGAUCCUCAACGUCACAGCACCACCUCAAAAGGUAGAAAAUGGUGGACUGGAAACUACAGUGAAACCUGCUGGUUCAGAUGUUGUGCUCAAAUGUAAAGGCAGAGCUGUCAAUCUCCAACAUUUGGAUACACCCAUUUGGUUCAGAAAUGGCCAGCCUUUAGAUGAGAAAUUCCUUACCAGCCCAGAAAUGUCCAGUAGGUACUUCUUCACCAAAGAUCGGACAGAACUACACAUAAGUAAUCUGAACAAGGAGCUAGACACUGCCUGUUACCAGUGCAGCAUCUCUAACAGUGAAGGCAGUCUGUUUUAUGAUGGUUACCUCAAAGUGAUCGAUGCUCUCAAAGUCACACAGCGCCCAGAGGCCCAUAUUAUUGCAUCGCAAAACAGCGGGCCGAUCAACAUCACAGUCAAAGCACAGGGAGAUUCCUGCUGUAGUAUCGAAUACAAAUGGCAGUUCAAUGGUUCGGCGAUUUUGGAAGAUGAAUUUCUGAAUCCUCCUUUUUCGAGGGACAGUAGCGGAGAUAUCAUGUUUGACCCCUCCACUGUGGACAACAACACCCUAUCAUCCAGACUUGGUAACUAUAGCUGCCGGAUUUCGGAUAACUAUCAGGAUACAGUUGUCAGUUUUGUGAUUUCAAUGACAGCUUCUAAUCCGGAAAACCUCAUUGAUGCUGGGACAGAAAACAUAUCGUUGUGGUGGGUCGGCCUCCUCUGUGGCAUCUUGUUCAUCUUAAUUGCCAUCGUUAUCAUCAUUGUAGUUGUAAAGAGCAAUUUUCCUCGGAAUACAUAUCCAUUGGAGAAAAACGAGAUCAAGUAUCACUUAAACCCGGAACAAGAUCUUCUUAACCAGUCCUUCCAAGAGUUCUGA